UCUCCAAAAAAUGCUACUCAACUUGAGGAUUUAAAAAUAAAACAAUAUUUUGGAGUGGCCUUCAUAAAGCUAAAGGGAAAAUCUGCGAGCAGAGCUGAAAAGGUGUGUGGAACCAAGGUGGGCUACAACGUUGGCCCGAUUUCACCCGUUCUGUCGGGAGGAAUGGGCCAAAAUCCUAAAAAACUGCAAAAGCUUGUUGAGGAAUAACAACAAAGUUUGACUCAAGUCAUCCAGUGUUAAAGGCAGUACUAAAAGGAAAUGCAAGUUCACUCUUGGAUUAGAAGAAAAAAAAUUUAAUUUGAUCUUUUAGCAAAUUUGAAUAAUUUGGAUAAUGCUCACUGACCUAAAGCAGGAAACUAUGGGGUCUGAUUUAAUGUCAGACAGACAUUUAAAAAAAUAAAAAAGUAGUUUCUAGUUCGGAGCAUAAACAUCUGGUUUCACCUGAACACUAUUAAACCCAUACUCCUCCUUUUCAAUUUAAUUUGUUUUAUUUCUUCUUAAAUCUAAAAGGACACUUUUGUUUUGGUCUUUAUAUUCUCUCGUAUAACCUACAUUCUCUAAAUCUAAAUUCUGAAAAAUACCCUUAUAUGGGACCGAUUGUGUAAUUAUUGGCUGUCAGAACGAGAUCUGACCUCCAGUUUUGUUUGCUGUGUUAUGGUGACCUGGCUCUUAAACACACGCCGUUUAUUGAUUUGGCUGCAUCUUUAAUUUGUUUAUCCUUUUUUAAACCUUUCCACUGUUCCCACUGAGUGCGGCGAGGCCACCUAAAUGCCUGUGAGGCAGGCAGAGAGGAAGAGAAGGGGGAAUUAGUCGCCGUUGCGCAGCAUAUCCCGAGGAUGAUUCAUGUAUAAAGGAAGCGUAUCCUCGGUCUGCCGAGGGAUGAGCAGUCAGCGGUCCAUCCAAGUUGUUUGACUUAGGAGUUAUUGGAAAAGGGUGAGACCCAGAGAGAGGGAGAGCAGCGCCACGCUCUCCCACCCAGCAAACGGGAGAGCAAGUCUAAAUCAUGUUGCUUAUCAGUGCUGCCGUGCUGUGAUGUUGCUCAGGCAGAACCCGGUGCAGAGCAAGGAGGCGUUCGGACCGGCGCUCAGACCCAGGUUAAGCCCAGCCUCCUCAGAGCUGGAGACCCUCUCCCCGCCACGUCUCCCACCCUCACCCCGUGCCUCCCUCGGUGACAUGUACCCUGAAGAGAGCCGGGGCUCUGGAGGGGUAGCUGCUGUGGACUUCCUGGAAGGGACGUACGACUAUGCCACCCCCACCCCUGCCCCAACGCCUCUUUACAGCCACUCUACCACUGGCUACUACUCUGCUCCUCUGGACGCCCAGGGACCGCCGUCUGAUGGCAGUCUUCAUUCUCUGGGGAGUGGGCCGACCAGUCCUCUCGUGUUUGUGCCCACCAGCCCGAGGCUCAGCCUCUUUAUGCACGCUCCGAGCCAACACUAUCUGGAAACUGCCUCAACGCCGGUUUACAGAUCCAGUCACCAGCCGGCCUCCAGAGAGGACCAGUGUGACACCCGUGACGAGGCAUGCAGCGUGGGGGAGCUGGGCGCCGGAUCCGGCGCUGGAGCCGCAGCCGGGGGAUUUGAGAUGGCCAAAGAGACGCGCUUCUGUGCUGUGUGCAGCGACUAUGCCUCCGGGUACCACUACGGGGUGUGGUCCUGCGAGGGCUGCAAGGCCUUCUUCAAGAGGAGCAUUCAGGGUCACAAUGACUAUAUGUGCCCAGCGACAAAUCAGUGUACUAUUGACAGGAACAGGAGGAAGAGCUGCCAGGCUUGCCGUCUUAGGAAGUGCUAUGAAGUUGGAAUGAUGAAAGGAGGUGUGCGCAAAGAGCGCGGUCGCGUUCUGCGGCGCGACAAACGACGGACGGCCAUCAGUGACAGAGAAAAGGCCGUCAAAGGCCUGGAGCCCAAAACGUCACCCCAUCAGGACAAGAGGAGACGCGGCAGCGCCCUCGGAGGGGAAAGAUCUUCAGUGGCCAGCCUGCCAUCUGAGCAGGUUCUGCUCCUCCUCCAGGGCGCUGAACCGCCGAUACUGUGUUCCCGUCAAAAACUGAGCCGACCCUACACCGAGGUCACCAUGAUGACCCUGCUCACCAGCAUGGCCGACAAGGAGCUGGUCCACAUGAUCGCCUGGGCAAAGAAGCUCCCAGGUUUUCUGCAACUCGCCCUCCACGACCAGGUCCUCCUGCUGGAGAGUUCAUGGCUGGAGGUGCUGAUGAUCGGGCUAAUCUGGAGGUCUAUCCACUGCCCUGGAAAGCUCAUCUUCGCACAGGACCUGAUACUGGACAGGAACGAAGGGGACUGCGUCGAAGGCAUGACGGAGAUCUUCGACAUGCUGCUGGCCACCGCUUCCCGCUUCCGCAUGCUCAAACUCAAACCUGAGGAAUUUGUCUGCCUUAAAGCUAUUAUCCUGCUCAACUCUGGCGCCUUUUCUUUCUGCACCGGCACAAUGGAGCCCCUUCACGACAGCGUGGCCGUACAGAACAUGCUGGACACCAUCACCGACGCUCUCAUACAUCAUAUCAGCCAAUCAGGAUUCUCGGUUCAGCAGCAGGCGAGACGGCAGGCCCAGCUGCUGCUACUGCUCUCCCACAUCCGACACAUGAGCAACAAAGGCAUGGAGCACCUCUACAGCAUGAAAUGCAAGAACAAAGUGCCUCUGUACGACCUGCUGCUGGAGAUGCUUGACGCUCACCGCCACCACCCAGUCAAACCGUCUCAGGACGGAAAAAGCCCCCCCUCCACCAGCAGCUUCGGCGCCGGCUGUGAAGGCGGCUCCUCCUCGGCGGGUUCCAGCUCAGGACCCCGAGGCAGCGGCGACAACCUGAUGAGAAUCCCCUCGGCUCCAGGCGUCCUGCAGUACGGAGGGUCCCGCUCGGACUGUGCCCAGGUCCUGUGAGUCGGAGGCCUGAACGUCAUUUUUAUGAAUGACACAUGCAGUUUUAAAAAAAAAAAAAAAACGAUAGCGGAAGGUUAUAUUUACAGUGAUUUUAUCAGAAAGUAAUUUAUAAACGAGAAUGUAAUUUUAUAGCUAAUGGGGGAGACGUUUCCCUCCUUUAAAUUGCACCUUCUCAGCACGAUCUGAGCCUCGGUUCGGUUUGUUUCGUCCGCUGAGUUUCGUCUUUUCUGCGUCGCUUUUUAUCGCCAGCGGCAGAGAAGCUGUUCUGCCGUGGCAUGCGGUGAUCUGAAAGGAUGAGCAGCUAAUUUUUUUUGUGUAUUCAUCAUCUUGACCAAAGUGCACUUCUUCUGACCGAAGUACGAACGGGCAUUAUCUUUACUUUUGAAGAUAAAAACACCAGGUAUUGAGCAAAGCAUCGGUGCACCAUCAAUUUCAUUUUAGAGGGAGCUUUGUAGCUCAAACGGCUCAAAGGAAGCAGAUCAAUCAAUCCAGCCCACGCUGAUUACAGGCUAAAGGAAGCCUAGCUUGAAAGCUGAGAAACCGGCAUCCGCUGCUGUCUUUGUACAGGAGGGCUUUCCUAUGCUUGCUUGCAACAAUUUUCUCUGAAUUUUAUGUGCUAAAUGUUUCUUUUUUGUGCGUGUGAACUUGUGUCUAAAGAUGUGUUUUCAGCACUGAGACUGUAACAGAACGAUGGGGGGGGAGCGGAGAUCAGUCUUGAUUCAGUUCAACAUUUCACCCACAAUCUGUUGCUCUUUAUCGAUUUCUUCAGUGAAAGCAUGCAGACUUUGGCUGGAUUUACUCAUCUACGGAUUUAAGUACAAUUGCUCAUAAGUAGCGGGUUAAUUUCUGACUUCUAAAUUUUAACGUUGUGCUUCGUUUUAUUUUGCAAUUUAAAAAAAAAAGAAGUUUGCAAAUGAGCUUUUCUAGUCCGGUCAGCUUAGGCAGAUAGUUUGGUGGGUCUGGUUGCUGGCGGUGUUAGAUGCAGAUUCUUGGCACAAACGUAGGAAAAUUAGUUUUUCCUUCUGUUGGACAAUUGGUUUUAUUGAACUAAUAGCACAAGAUGCCACAUCUAGUGGUUCAGGCUGUGAAAAUUAUAAAGAGAGAGAAAAAAAAAUGGGUGGAGGGAACUGUUCAAGACUGCAGUUAGAUCAAUACGCCGCAAUUAUCUGCAACAAAAACCCAUUUUUUUGUUCCAAAUCAAUUUUUUUUGGCUUCUUGAACAACUGGUUUUCAAUAUUUUCAUCAAAAAAAAAAAAGUGUUCCCACUUUGUGGAUCUAACAAGUUUUCUGGAACAUUCAGCUAAACUAACGUGUAAAUAAUUUGCAGACGGUUACUGUGGUCUUAUUGCUUCACAGCUUAUGCAAACACCAAGUAUCACCGUUAAACUAUGGAAGCGCUGUCCUCCCAUCUCCGUUGGUAGAUUUGAUUUCUGCCAUGACAACAGAUUACUCUUGAUCUUCACCCUGAGUUAGCCUGUAGAUCAAAUUGUAAACCCAUUCGGUCUUUACCAACACAAUCUGCGCUUAUCUGGUUGACUAUUGUAAUUUGUUACUUUAAACUGAUCUCGGAGCAGAUUUAGCCGUCUUAAGUAAUGCCUAUGGGUAAAUACCUGGAAAGUAGAGCAAUGCUCUGUUAAUGGUGAUUUUUUUUUUUUUUUUUUUUUUUUUAAACAAACCUUACAUUUACUUUUUCCCCGGAGGUGACAGUGGGGUUUUGGUGGUAUCCCACCUCAGCAGCCGACAAUCAGAUAUUUUUCCAGGAAACGCUGGGUGUGCUCCAGCUUCUCACACAGCCACCCUCAUAUUGCUUCCUCACAAACAAGUGCAGAGUUGAGACCUGAUAGUAUUUUGCAAUAUUUGAAUAGCAAAGGGAUUUUUGUGCAUUUGUGAGUCAUUUUAUCAUUCUUUAGGACUUAAUUUUACGGCUAGCCAUCAGUUUUUGCUUAUGAUUAACAUUUUGUAAAGACCAGUUAUCCUAGCUGUUGGCUUGUAAUUACUUUUUUAAGCUAGAGUUUAAUAACAAAGUAAAAAACUUUUUUUUUUUUUACAUCUAUAAAUUUCAGGAAAUAUAUUGGAACUGAUCUGAAAGUCUGAUUUAGGUCUCACAACACAAAUGUGUGGGAACUAUUCAAAAAGGAUUAGAAGACUGAAUUUAGCCACUUGAGCUGAAUUAGAGAGUAAAUCCAGCCAAACCGGACAUCAUUAUCUCAUGUUUACUGUGCGUGUAAAUAAAGGCUGACAUUGGGGAAA